AUGAGAGCGCCAGUGCUCCUCUUAGCCCUGACCCUAUUCCCAGUCGCAGCUGCAGCAAGUCUGGAACCUCACUAUAUUGUGGUAUUCCCUGCUGUCAUUUACCAUUUCCAAGAGGAGAAGCUCUGCAUUCACUUCAGCUCCCUGACUGAGGCUGUCCACCUGACCAUCACCUUGGAGGUGAAAACCCAGAACCACACACUGGUGGAACAGGAUGUGGAGAAGCCAGGAACUUUUCAGUGCAUCACCUUCCAGGUGCCAGAGUUCAUUCCCAGGAAAAGUGAGGACUCCACAACACAAACAGAGAAGCUGGUUUUUCUGCAUGUCCUGAUCCACAGUGGAGGCAGUGUGGUCUUUGAGGGUCGCAAGAAGGUUCUGGUCGAGCCCCAGAAGAAUAUAAUUCUGGUAGAAACAGACAAAGUCUUAUACAAACCUGGAGAAACAGUGAAAUUUCGAAUUGUGAACCUUAACGACGACCUUAAGGUCAUUAAAAAUCAGUAUUCCCAGAUAUGGCUGCAGGAUCCUGAAUAUAACCGUAUUGCUGAGUGGCAGAAUGUAACGUCAAGAAAUGGCAUUGUGGAUCUGUCCUUCCCCCUGGCAUCUGAAGCACCCCUUGGAAAUUAUAUCAUCUCAGUGGAACAAAACAUGGCUAAAAAAGUCUUCAAAGUUGAUGAAUAUGUGCUGAAAAAAAUUGAAAUAACCAUUGAGCACCCUCCAUUUAUUGCUACAGCGGAUGAGGAAUUUCAGAUGAAGGUCUGUGGCAAGUAUACCUAUGGGAAGCCCGUUCAAGGGAAAAUAGAUAUUACUUUGACCACAUUAGCCGAGUUCUUGGAAGACAAUUUAUCAAGUUCUUCUGAGAAGAGGGAGCAAACCAGCCGGGCAAACAAGGAUGGCUGCACUACUUUUACAGUGAAGACAGAGACUCUGAAAUUAGAUGAAACUGAUAAACACAUAAUUGUGAUUGCAGAAAUGGUGGAAGAUGGAACAGGAACAAAGACUGCAGAAGAGUCUGGAAUUCCUAUUGCAACGAGAGUGAAGUCUAUAGACUUUAUCAACUUCCAUUCAUUCUACAAACGUGGACUACCAUACACAGGGAAGAUAUUCUGCCACAGUUAUGAUUCUCUUCUCAGAAAUGUAACAGUCUACCUAACCAUUGAUGUCAAUGAUGAGGAGACACACCUGUCAUUCCUCACAGAUGAAAAUGGGGAAGUUGACUUCUCACUGGAUACCACCAGCUGGAACAGCACAUUGGUUUCUCUGAAGGGUUCUUACUUUGGAAGUGACAGUGAGAAGAAUGAUUCUGAAAGUGACAGGGAAUUACAGGAUAGCUUCCACUGGCUGAAACCUUUCUACUCUGAGAGCAACAGCUUUCUUGAGAUCAAGGCCAGGAGUGGUGUGCUGCCCUGCAAUCAAGAACAGGAAGUUCAAGUGGAUUAUAUCCUUGACCGGAAUAAACUCAGCUCUGAAGCAGACCACAUUGAUUUCUACUACUUGGUGAUAGCAAAAGGCAAGAUCCUUUUCAGUGGUGAGAAGCAGGUGCCAAUUCUCCAUCAUGAGGAUCUGCAGGGCUCCUUCUCACUGACUCUGACUGUUGGCGAUGACUUCCUGCCUGACAUCAACCUUCUACUGUAUGCAGUCUUCUUGGAUGGAGAGGUGGUGGCUGAUAUUGAAGAGUUUCAAGUAGAAAAGUGCUUUAGACACAAGGUGACACUGGACUUCUCACACAAGGAGGAAGUCCCUGGGUCAAAAGUCAGUCUGGACCUCAAGGCUGCUCCAGGCUCCUUGUGCUCCAUCCGAGCUGUGGACAAGAGUGUCCUCCUGGAGGAGAACAGCACCCUAACAGCAGACACACUGUAUAAGAUCUUUGAUUACGGCUUUACAAUUGGAGGACGAGGGUUCCCUUAUCACUUGGAAGACUUUGAGGCAUACCCUUGUCUGCCCCAGCAGCCCAGUCUGCACAAAAAGAUGGGAGCACCAUGGUAUCAAAGUGAAGCUGAUGUCUUUAAUCUGUUUAAAAAAUUGCGCAUGAAAAUAUUAACUAAUACUAGAGUCAAGAAACCAGUUUCUUGUGUGCGACCAGACUUUGAGAAAAAGAUGUAUUCUGGAAAACACCAUGCUAUUGAACAUCAUGUUGGCCAUGGUGACUCCACACCUCAUUCUGAUGACACGAAGAAGCCAAAACCACGGACACUUUUCCCAGAGACCUGGAUUUGGGAUUUGGUCUCCAUUGGGGAUGAGGGGCAAGCGUCUCUCCAAGUUGCUGUACCCGACACUAUCACAGAGUGGAAUGCAAAUACCUUCUGUGUUGCUGAAACCGGCUUUGGGUUCUCUCCUCUAGCCACUCUUAGGGUCUUCCAACCUUUCUUUGUGGAUCUGUCACUGCCAUACUCUGUGAUCCGAGGGGAGACCUUCAGCCUAAAAGCCACUGUCUUCAACUACCUCAAGGACUGUAUCCAGGUGCACACCGCCCUCACAGAGACCCCAGAACUAAAGGUGGAUGCCUGUCCAGGCUGCCAGUUCACCAGCUGCCUCUGUGCCAAUGAAGCAAAAACCUUUGAGUGGAACGUGACAGCCACCAGGCUGGGCAAAGUGAAUGUCACUGUGAGCAGCGUGGCAGAAGAUUCACACUAUCUGUGUGAUAACAGGAUUGCUGUGACGCCUCUGAAAGGGGAGAGAGACAUGGUGAUAAAACCCCUGCUUGUGAAGCCAGGAGGUGUCCUACAAGAGAAGACCCAAAAUGCCUUUCUCUGUGCUGCAGAUAACACAGUCUCUGAAGAGUUCUCCCUGAUGCUGCCUGCAGAAGUGCUAGAAGGAUCUGGCCGAGCCACUUUCUCUGUGAUUGGGGACAUAAUGGGCCCAGCACUUCAAAAUUUAGACCGGCUUCUAGAGUUGCCCUUUGGCUGUGGUGAACAGAACAUGGUUCAGUUUGCACCAAACAUCUUCAUACUCCAGUAUUUGAAUAAGACUAAGCAACUGGACCCAGAAAUUGAAGCUAAAGCACUGAAAUUCCUGAAAACAGGUUACCAGCGUCAGCUGCUCUACAAACAUGAUGAUGGCUCCUACAGCGCCUUUGGGAAAGCUGACAAUCAGAGCAACACGUGGCUGACGGCUUUUGUAGCUAGGUCAUUUGGACAAGCCAGCUCCCACAUUUACAUCAACAAGGACCAUGUGCACAAUGCUCUGCUCUGGCUGCAGAAGCACCAGCUGCCCAGUGGCUGCUUCCAGAGCGUGGGGAAGCUCUUCAACAAUGACUUGAAGGGUGGUGUGGACGACACAAUCUCAUUAACAGCAUACAUCACUGCUACGCUGGUGGAGCUUGAUCUGGAGAAGAAUGACACCAUGCUGGAUAAUGCUUUACGUUGCCUCAAGAAUAUAACACUUGAUCAAACAAGCCUUUAUCUCAAGGCCUUGAUGGCUUAUGUCUUCACACUGAGCAAGGACACAGAGAUGAGAGAACAGCUCCUGGAUAUGCUAGAGAAGGAAACAGAAGAGCUCCUGACACCACAUUCCAGUAGUGAAGAAUCUUCUUCUUCUAUGAUUGAGACAGUAGCCUACAUCCUCCUGGCUCAUGUCUCUAAACCAGACUUGACAUUCAAUGAAGCCUCAGUGAGCAAGCUUGUGCACUGGCUUAGUGGACAAAGAAAUGCCUUUGGUGGAUUUGCUUCCACUCAGGACACAGUGGUUAGCCUGCAGGCCCUCGCUCAGUAUGCAGCCCUGAUUCCUCAGGAGACGAGAGAUGUAAAGGUGACAGUGAAAGGCAAGGAGUCUUCUCCACUGGAGUUCCAUGUGCACAGGAACAACAAGUUGGUCCUGCAUCAGGCAUCUCUCCUUGCAGCCCCAGGGACAUACACAGUGCAGGCAACUGGCAGUGGCUGUGUUUAUGUACAGACUACUUUGUACUAUAACAUUCCACCACCCAAAACAGAAGAGGCCUUUGUCCUGGAUGUGGAAGCAGUACCAACGGAAUGUGGUGGUGCCAGGAAACAGCUUGACAUCCAUGUGUCUGUCAG